UAAUUUUUUUGUGGAAAAUGAAGAAGGUGUAUUUGUAGAAGAGGAGGAGGCUGUACUUGAAAAGGAGGGUGUUGUAUAUAAGGAAAGCAAAAGUAUAGAGGAAAACGAAAGUGUAAAGUUUGAGAAAAACAAAAGUGUAGGGUUUGAGGAAAACAAAAGUGUAGGGUUUGAGGAAAACGAAAGUGUAGGGUUUGAGGAAAAUGAAAGUGUAGGGUUUGAGGAAAACAAAAGUGUAGGGUUUGAGGAAAACAAAGCCACAUUUGAAGAAAAUGGAAACACUAUACUUGAGGAAAACGGAGAGCGAGCAUAUGCUUAA